UGACCGCUGCUCACGAUUGCACAACAAACCAACAUUCAGCCAGACGAUCUUGAUUCAGAACAUCUACCGUAAUCCCCAGAACAGUGCCCAGACAGCAGACGCCUCUCGCUACCAUUCCCCUCUUGAACAUUUACCUUCAUUACCUUGAAAUCUCUGCCCAGUCUGCCGAUGGUUUACACUGUGCUGUCAGCGAUGUGGAAAUGCAGGAGCACUAUGAUGAGUUCUUUGAGGAGGUGUUCACAGAAAUGGAGGAAAAAUAUGGAGAGGUGGAGGAAAUGAACGUCUGUGACAACCUUGGCGAUCACCUCGUGGGCAAUGUUUAUGUUAAGUUUCGUCGUGAGGAAGAUGCAGAGAAAGCAGUCAUGGACCUGAAUAAUCGGUGGUUUAAUGCGCAGCCUAUCCACGCGGAACUGUCCCCUGUCACUGACUUCAGGGAAGCCUGCUGUCGGCAGUAUGAAAUGGGGGAAUGCACUCGAGGUGGAUUCUGCAAUUUUAUGCAUCUGAAACCUAUUUCAAGGGAACUUCGAAGGGAGUUGUACGGACGGCGAAGGAAAAGGCACAGGUCUCGCUCUCGUUCUAGGGAGCGACGUUCUCGCUCCAGGGAUCGGCGGAGGGACCGUGAGAAGCGCAGAUCGAGGGAUCGGGAGCGCUCUGGAAGAUUCUAAAGGAAGCAAAACUGUCCAAAAUCUUGCCCAAUUAUCCAUAGCUGUAACAACAGUUAUUUUCUUUUUUUGUGAAUUGUUAACUGUUUUCCUUUUAUUCCCUUUUUUUAAAGAUCGAGCUUGUGUCGCUUUCUCAAUAAAAACAGAUUUGUAA